AUGGCGCCUGACGCGGCCUUUUCAAAUAUAAGCGAUAAGAAUGAAUUCACAAAGUUUGCCAAGUUCCUUGCAUACAAAGGUGUACAAGUUAUAGUGGAAUCAAGAAAAGGUGUCAAAAUAGAAGCCAACAGUAAACCGAGAACAACAGACUCCGAUUGGUUCAAUUUACAAAUACCGGAUUCACCUGAAGUGAAUCAGGCUACAAAGAAUGCGUUGCCAUCAGAUAAGAUAUUAGAAACUAUAAGGUCACAACUCCAUGUUGAAAUAUCAGUACAAACGGAAGAUGGCGAUGAAAUGGUUUUAGAGUUGUGGACAUUGGAGUUAGAUGAAGCUCAAUUUGACACAUCCUUAAAGGCAAUGAAUACGGUUUAUUUUAGAAUGGGUAUUCUACUAAAGUCGGUUAUAACGAUUAGUAGAAUAACACCAGCGUACCACUUAUCAAGGAAACAACGUACCGAAUCUUUUACAAUAUUCUACAGAGUUUACAACGGUGAACCAAAACUCAAAGCAUUGGGGGACUCUGUCAAGAAAAUACAAGCGGGAAUGCUAAAGACACCUUUAGGCGGAUUAUGCUUUACUGUAUCUUAUCGUACGAAUUUCUCCAUAUCACCUAAUACAUCUGAAAAGAGUAAAACAUUACUUUUAAAGAGUGACCAUUUUGAAUUGAGUCCAAAACAUGUUAUAUUUGAAUCUAAAAAGACUAAAAUAAUAAAGGAGAAAGAAGUAAAACCAACUAGACCGGUGGAUUUGAACAAACCAUUACGUUUAGCUGCAUUUGCCGACGAAAUAAUUAUACAGAAAGCGAUCAAUGAGUUUUUUGAAAAAAUUCCAAUACCAAAGUUCAAAAAAUAUCCAAGACCUAAAACACCGAUCAAAGACAAAGCGAUGGAAUCCAAGAGUACUCAAGAUUUGGAUCUCACGAUUAUGUCAAAGAGUCCAACAUCAUUGGAGUUACCACCGAAGAAGUUUUCUGGAUUUCGUGGUGAAAAUGAACCUCCAUUGAAAUUACUUCACUUUCCUUUUGCUGAUAACCAUCCGAUACGUGAAUUGGCAGAAUUUUACAAAGAUUUUUUCAAUGCACCACAUUUGAAAUUAACCGAGGAGCAACAUCAAGUCAGCAAAGAUAUAGAUUUAAAGGAACUUGAAAUGGGGAGUGAGGAUUUAUCUAAGGACUUGGAGUUAUACGAGAGUUCAGUUCUUGAGUUUGAUGAACUUCUAGCUGAUAUGUGCAGGUCAGCCGAGUGGAGUGGCAAUUAGUGGGAACAUUUGGUAAUGGGCGAAGACUGAAAUGUAUAGGUUUUUGAAUAAAUGUAUUUCUUUGUUAAAUGAAAUGUGGUAGGUCUUUGACUGAACAUUGCGGGGUGUGAUUUUUGAAUUUGUCUAUAGUCCAGUCGCGGAGCACGAAGAAUUUCGUACAUUCAACUAUCAUUACCUGUCUCUGUUACUCCCGCGUAAAAACAAUGAGUCUCGCUCGCACAGAUACAAUGGCCGUCGUUCUCAGGAAUUG